GCAGCAGAUAAAAAGCGGCAAGAGAACAAGCUGACUUCUGACAGUUGACAAUCGCUAGCGCUCUCGCUUUGUGUUGUAUUCGAUUGUUGUAGCUCGCUGAAGUUGGAGCAACAAUUUGUGGAGCGCUCAUCACUCAACAAAACAGCAUAUCGGCAAAUCGUUUUCACUUUUUUCUUGUUGUUCAACGAAAUGAGUUAAUUGACUCAAUUGUUUAGCUGCAAGAUACAAUAUUUAACAGCUGCAAUUCUUGGCAAAUCGCGAAAUAAAUCUUGGAAUUGAUUGAAAAACGUCGACUUGGUGAUUUCCCUAAGCUGCAUUUACUUCUGAAGGCUAUGAGCGCUUGGAACGUGGCAUUUUCGUUUGAAAACAAGCAAGAUAAGCAGAAAUAGCUGCGUAAUCUGCAGCGAAAAUAAUAGCUACGUACACAAGAUAGCUAAGCUUAAGCAAAGCUGGGUGUAUUACGCUUGUGUUAACAUUGGCAUUGAAGCGCACAGUUUCAGCUAGACAAAAUGAUUCCUGGCUAUGGACCCGUCAUGCAAGCCCUAUUGGGCACGCUCUUCACAUGGGGAUUGACAGCUGCAGGCGCUGCUUGCGUUAUAUUCGUACGCGGUAACCAACGCAAAUCGCUUGACGCCGCACUAGGCUUUGCAGCUGGCGUCAUGGUCGCCGCCUCAUUUUGGUCACUGUUGAAUCCGGCCAUUGAAAUGGCUGAAAGUUCUCAUCUCUAUGGCGUUUACGCCUUUAUGCCGGUUUCUGGUGGUUUUCUAUUGGGUGCCAUAUUUGUUUACGGUUGUGAUCGGCUGAUGUCGUAUCUGGGUCUGAACAGCACGAAUAUGAUGAUUUCAAUGACACAAACAAAUAAGGAUAAAGCCGAUAUAGCUAUUGAUGAUAUGCGCAACAGUCAAGGUGUAUUGGAUCGCACUGCUGCCAAAAGUAUGGAUAGCUUCUCCGAUUGCUUGAGCACACAACACGGCAAUAUUGAGACACGACGACGCAAGAAGAAUAGUGCCACGGAGGUGGAAGCCCAACGUACAUAUAUGACAGAAUCCCAGCGCAAUCUUGAGAAUGCAGUGGCGCAGUGGAAGCGCAUAAUGUUACUGGUGGUUGCAAUCACCGUGCACAACAUACCCGAAGGUCUGGCUGUUGGUGUCAGCUUCGGUGCCAUUGGCAGUACUGAGUCUUCCACAUUUGAGGCAGCAAGAAAUCUGGCAAUUGGCAUUGGUAUACAAAACUUUCCAGAAGGUCUGGCUGUCAGUUUGCCAUUACAUGCGGCUGGGUUUAGUGUGGGGCGUGCAUUAUGGUAUGGACAACUUUCCGGUAUGGUGGAACCGAUUUUCGGCAUUUUGGGUGCAGUGGCAGUGACCUUUGCCAAUCUCAUACUACCUUACGCACUAUCAUUUGCGGCGGGCGCUAUGAUCUAUAUUGUAGCAGACGACAUAUUGCCCGAAGCACAUGCGAGUGGCAAUGGAACGAUUGCCACUUGGGGCACGGUAGCUGGGUUCCUUAUAAUGAUGUGCCUUGAAGUGACCCUAUCCUGAUGUUGCAACUACUGCCGUUGUUAUAUUUUUAAUAACCAGAUGUACAAAAGGAGAAUGCAGAAAACAAGCUGUAUAUAUUUUAAAGAUGUACUAAUUUAAAUUUGUGUGUCCUGCGGCUAUGUGUACACAAAAUAUGUGUAUGUCAUCGUUAGAUUCGUAGGUUGUGUAUAUAUAUUUAUAUACAUGUACAUGUAUGUAUGUAAGUCUGUAUGGCUGGCUUAAACUACUUAAAUGUGAAAUUUUCGAUUCGGUUUGAAUUGAGAAAGUUAUUCAAGCACAAUUUUUGUGAGAAAGGAUUUUAGUAAGCUUAACAAAAAUAGAAAAACCAAAAAACAGCAAAUGCCACAGACGGCAGAAGACAACUGAGUAUUACUUUUGUAAAUAUUUUAAAACUAAAUAUGUUUGUAAACUACUUGAUUUUAGAAAUCUCUUUUCAGCAUAAUGCUGCGAAUAAUUGAUUGCUUUUAUGGCAUUAUUUAACGUAUCUCAUAGGAAUCCUGCUCAAUAGCAGCAGCAGUAAAACUUAAUUAGUUUUUAACUAUCUUCUGUGUAUGUUUGCAAGCCAAAAAAGUGUAAAAAACACUACGUAAUUUAAUAAACAAUAAAAAAAUACAUUCAGCUAAAGUGAAGGUGUCAUGUUUAAUUGUACAAGUAGUUUGUAUAAGUAGUAGCAUUGAAAUAGUGUACUAAACAUUUGCCGCUGGUAGUACAGCAUGUAGUAGGCAAUCUAUCAACUUGUAUACACUUCAAAAACUGCAAACGGAUGGUAUACGCAAAUGCCUAUGAUCUAACAACAAUAACAACAACUACUUGUUAAGAUAACUUAAUUAAAGAAUGAUAAAUUCAAAAAUGUCACGAUAAUUUGUGAUGUGUGCUGAUAAAAGCGCCUACGUGCAUUUGAAUGUUUCUUAGAUAUCUUAACAAAAAUAUAUAGAUAUAUGGGUCAUUUCCAAACGAAGUGCAAUUUUUAUGUCCCCACUUCUUAAAUUUUUUA